CUUGUGUGAGGUGGGAUGAACUGGAGAUUAAUGUGAUGAUUUGGGCGAUGGCAAGUUGGGGUGAGGUGUAUAAUGCUAUGUUGAUAACCAUUCCCUGUCGCUCUCCGGUUGAGUCCCUCUGCCUGCCCUGCCCUGCCUGCAUUCUUUCUUCCUUCUUCUUUCUUUCAUUCUUUUGUUUCUUUCUUUCUUUCUCAAUCAGGAGAAUCCAGUUCACCCACAGUGCUGCGGUUUCUGCAUCAACUUGCCUUGUUAAAUAGCCACAGUGCCCUUGUUCUUGCGCAAUCGCAGCUAGCUUCUCUCCCUGCCCUCCUGACCUCAUCUACUUCUACUCACUUCACAGCUCAUCUCAUCUCAUCUCAGCUCAGCCCAGCUCAGCUCAGCUCAGAGAGAGUGCUGCAAGUGUGAGCUGAUCACAAGGAAGCAGAGGCAGAAGCCUUGGCAGAUUGAAGUUAUCUGCAACAAACAAAUUCAGGAUCAGCAAGUGACUGAGCAGUGUGAUUAAUGCUCUUGGUGGCAGCGGCGAGCUGAGCAAUGAACCAGUUCGUCCCUGAUUGGAACACGAGCAUGGGAGACGCCUUUGCGCCGCUAGGCGAAGACGACGGGCUCAUCGAGCUGCUCUGGUGCAAUGGCCACGUCGUCAUGCAGAGCCAGGCGCCGCGGAAGCCGCCGAGGCCGGAGAAGACGGCGACCGCCGCGGCGGCGGUGGCGGAGGACGAGUCGGCGGCGUGGUUUCAGUACCCGGUGGUUGAUGACGUGCUCGAGAAGGACCUGUUCUCCGAGCUGUUCGGCGAAAUGGCGGCGGCCGGCGACGUCGUCCGCAGGGCGCCGUGCAAGGAGGAGCGCGGCGCGGCCACCGCGCUCCAGAGCAGGAUGAUGCCGCCGCCGUGGCCGGCGAGGGAGAAGGCCGAGUUCGGGGACGUCGACGACGUGUGCGGCGUCUCGGAGGUCGUCGUGGCGCGGACGAACGGAGACGCGAAGGUUGCGGUGGAGACGACCGGCGAGUCCUCCAUGCUGACGAUCGGUUCGAGCAUCUGCGGGAGCAACCACGUCCAGACGCCGCCGGGCGCCGCGCCGCCGCCGCUCGGGAACGGGAAGGCCGGCGGCGCCGCCAGGGCGAGGGAGGCGGCGACGGUGGCCUCGUCGUCAAUGAGGUCAAGGUCUUGCACCGCCAAGACAGAGCCGCACAACGUCGCCGCCGGCAUCGGCGGCAAGCGGAAGCAGCGCGACGCCGCCAUGGACUCCGGGAGCCCCAGCGAGGACGUCGAGUUCGAGUCCGCCGCCGUGGCGUGCGAGCCGGCGCAGAAGACGACGGCCGUCAAGCGGCGGCGCGCCGCCGAAGUGCACAAUCUCUCCGAGAGGAGGAGAAGAGAUAGGAUCAACGAGAAAAUGAAAGCAUUACAAGAGCUCAUACCUCACUGCAACAAAACGGACAAAGCAUCGAUGCUCGACGAAGCGAUCGAGUAUCUCAAGUCGCUGCAGCUACAGCUACAGAUGAUGUGGAUGGGCGGCGGAAUGGCGCCGCCGGUGAUGUUCCCGGCGGCCGGCGUGCACCAGUACAUGCAGCGGAUGGGCGCCGUCGGGAUGGGUCCUCCACACAUGGCCUCCCUGCCGAGGAUGCCGCCGUUCAUGGCGCCACCGGCCGCCGUGCAGAGCUCGCCGGCGGUCAGCAUGGCCGACCCCUACGCCCGCUGCCUCGCCGUCGACCACCUGCAGCCGCCGUCCCCCAUGCAGCAUUACUUGCAGGGGAUGAGCUUCUACCAGCUCGCCACAGCCAAGAACCUUCAGCAGCAGCAGCAGCAGAACACGGCGGCGCUGCCACCGGCCGGCAGCCUCCCGCCGCCGGCGCCCGUGCAGCCACUGACUCCUGACGACAUCCUGGACAAAAAAUACGAAAACUGUAGUAAGCCUGAGAGCAAGGGUGGCACCAGUUGAUUGCCGUUAAUCUGAAGACAUGUAUAUAAGGCUCUGAUAAAAUCGAAUUGAGAGGUUGGAUUGUGAUCGCUACCAAAUUAUUUAGGGGGAAUUUAAGACUAUCCCUUUGCUGACUUUUAAAAUUUGUUAGGCAGUUUGAUCAGCGAUUAAGAUUUAACAAGUCGCAAAUUUUUUUCGCUGUGUACGUAGUACUAUUUUCCCCCCUUUGGGGAGACAUUAGCUAUGUAUCAGUUGUUGAUGUACCAGUUCAAAUAUAUGCCAAUCAGAGGAAAUUGUAUUAUUGUUCCACCUCAACUCUGUCAUAUUAUGUUAACUUGCCUUGCAUCUACAAGUUCAAAGUCUUACUUAACCAGAAUGAUCAAGUUG